GAAAAUAAUGUAAGAAACUAAUAAUAAUAAUAAAAUAAAAAUAAAACUCGUCGUCGCUCUCUCGCCGUCGACGAGUCACGGCGGUGGCGGCCGGACACAGAGUCCGCUUCCCGCCAUGUCUGUCCCUACAAAACCCCUCUCCCCACGCCCACGCCGCGGCCGCUGCCGCCUCUGCGGCCUCUGCCUUGGCUCCGCCCUCCUCGCCAUCGUCGUCUCCGCCCUCGUCCACUUCCUCUCCCCGCCGCCGCACCACGCCCCCUCCCCGCGCUUCUCUGUGAUCAUAGACGGCGGCAGUACCGGCACCCGGGCACACGUCUUCGCCGCGGGUCCCGACGGCCGCCCGGAUCUGACGCGCUCCACCGUCAUGCGCGUCUCCCCGGGCCUCUCCUCCUUCGCCGCCGACCCGGCGCGCGCGGGGGAAUCUCUCAGACCGCUCAUGGAGUUCGCCAGGGACAAGGUAGGGGGCGCGAGGGGCGCCAAGGCAACGGAGGUGCGGCUGAUGGCCACCGCCGGGAUGCGGCUGCUGGAGGAGCGCGUCCAGGAGGCGAUCUUGGCGUCCUGCAGGGACGCGCUCCGAGCCUCCGGGUUCCGCUUCGAGGACGCGUGGGCCAAGGUGAUCCCAGGUUCUGAUGAAGGUGUCUAUGCUUGGGUUGCGGCAAACUAUGCUCUGGGCACACUUGGAGGGGUUCCUCAACAAACCAUUGGAAUAAUUGAACUUGGAGGAGCUUCAGCUCAGCUGACGUUUGUUUCCGAUGAAGUACUUCCUCCUGAACUAUCAACUAAUUUUACUUUUGGUGAAACAGCAUAUACUCUCUAUAGCAACAGCUUUCUGAACUUUGGACAAAAUGCAGCACAAGACUCGUUCCGUGAAAUAGUGAGGUCAAGAGGAUCUUCCAAAAAUGGUACACUUGUCGAUCCUUGUGCUCCCAAAGGAUAUUCUCACAAAAGAGAAGUAAUGGCGAGACCAAUCAACGUUUCAAGAUCAAAUUUAGAGAAUCAAUAUGUUGGUAAUGGAAGCGGAAACUUUAAAGAAUGUAGAUCUUCUUCGUUGAUGAUGAUGCAAGAACGAAAGGAAAAGUGCCAGUAUCAGCAAUGUCACCUGGGAUCUACUUUUGUACCUGAGCUCCGUGGGCAUUUCCUGGCAACUGAAAAUUUCUAUUUUACAUCGAAGUUCCUUGGACUGAAGCAGUCUUCAUCACUAUCUGAUUUUGCUCAUGCUGGAGAGCAAUUUUGUAACAAGGACUUGUCCACUCUUAGACAAAAGUAUAUUAAUCAGUCAGAUGAAGAUUUCUCACGGUAUUGCUUUUCGUCGGCGUAUAUCGUAGCUCUACUGCAUGACAGUCUUGGUGUACCACUGGAGGACAAUAGGAUUGAGUUUUCAAAUCAGGUCAGAGACACUCAAGUAGAGUGGGCCCUAGGAGCUUUCAUCACAAACAUGAAAGGUACAAUUCCAGGCGCUGCUGCAGCAUCGGUGCAUAAUCAUAUACCAUUGCUUGCUGUGCUAGGAGCAUUUCUUGCGUGUGGAGUUUUUUUCGUAUCGAGAUGGAGGAAGCCCAAGACAAAGAUUAUAUAUGAUUUAGAAAAAGGCAGAUACAUUAUAACACGCAUCAGCUGACGCUGACCUUUGUGCAGACAACCAUAUAUAUUUGACAGGAAAUAGAUAUUGUUCUUUACCAAAAAUGUAUAAGUUCAAUUCUUUGUAUUCGUUGGUAAGAGAGCUGGGUGGUGGAGCAUCAAGGAUAGCACUCUUGUUUGUAGCAUGUGCAGAAGUACUUGUAGACCAUUUUUUGUCAUGUAAUACUAUAUAUUUGAUAAUUAAGUAUAUGUAUUAUUUAUGGUUGACAC